UACACAGAAAAAGUAAAAAAAAACAGAGAGAGAGAAGUUUAUCUAGGAAAGAAAAUGAUUUUUUUUUCUUUUUAAAUAAGAAAAUGAAAAUAAAGCGAGAGUUCUGUCCGCAAGCUUUAAACGGUGCGGUUUGAGCCAGAGAAAAAGAAAACGCAGAAACAAAGUCGCCGUCUGUCUCCGAAAAGAAGCAGUGAGAAAGGGAAAUUAUGGUGCUAGACGCGGUGAAGUGGGGUUAUAUACGGAUCAUCACUGGCACGAUUCUGGGUGGCAUUCUCGGCUUCUACGUUAUGCACCGCACCGAAGUCGGCUACAAGGAGAAGAUGAAUGAGAGAUUGAAAAAAUAUGAGAGUGAAUUGAAGAAGAAAGAGAAGCUGGAUCAGCUUGAAGACUCCAUUUAGUUUUUUCUUUUUUAAUUUCAGUUUAGUUUUUAAUUUUCUUUUCCUGCUUGGUUACUGAGAAAAAGUGAACAGAAGCAAACCUACCAAUCUGAAAUACAAGAAGGCAAGGGAUUUGAAGCUGUGUAUUUUGGAUACUAAAAUUGAAUGUGAAUUGGCUUGGAAUUCGGUAUAAAUUGUAUCAUUUCUCUGCCUUGGUUAUUGCAGUUUUCUUUCUUCUGCAAGUUGUUGCUUUACAGUGGAGUUGAGAUACAAUUCUGAUAGAAUGCCCCUUCAUCUUUA